UGUGGGAAAGGUGGUUUCGCUGAUUUCUCUCAAAUGUCAAAGAGCCGAAAGCCGACGUAUCCGCUGCCUCCUCCCAAAAAACCCGGACCGCAGAGACCAGCGCCGCCUCUUUACGGGAAGAAUAGCAGCUCAGGGGUUCAUAGUCAAGGGUUUGGUGCUCCAGCCGUUCGAAAGACGCAUAUGGACAGAGGACCCGUCUCCUCGUCCUCAACGUUACGGUCUGCGGUUAACCCGCCCUCAGCGUUAACAGACUUUAGGGCUCUUGGAAGUGAGACGCAGCAGCUGGAGUGGGCGAAGCGUGAGAGUCAGAGAGAGGAGGCGGAGCGAAUCCGGAGGCUCCGCCUACAGGAGCAGCAGGAACUGGAACUGGCUCUGGCUCUCAGUCAAGCCGAAAUGCCCAGAACGUGAAGCUUCAAUCCUUCAGUGAGACUCACCUAAAACCUUCAGAUCAAGCUUUUGCCCCAAUCACACGCUCUUCCUGAAGAUCUCUCAGGUUUGCUGUAGCGAUCACUGAAACAAUUAAGUACAACAAAACCAAAGGUCAAAGUUACAGAUUCACUUCACACAUUUGCUCAUGAAAUGCACAAAAUGCUCAACCACUCUAUUAUGCUUUAAAAAAUAUUAUAUACAGCUUCACCAAAUACUGUAGGAGCAGCUGGAGAUCAUGUAAGUGAGAUCUUUUCAGCCUUAAGUCAUUUAUUAAUGCACAGAAGUCUCAUAAUAAAUAUCAACCCAUGGCCAAUGUCGGUUUUGCAAAGCCAAAAGUGCUUUAUGUCUCAGUGUCUUUAGGACCUUAGUUUGACUAUGAUCAGCUUCAAAUCUCAACCAGACGUUUGGUUUAAUAAGAGGGAUGAAUUACUAAAUGCAUGACAUUGUCCACCAUCGGCCCACUUUAUGAUCAUAUAUGAUGUCUGUAUUUACAUAUAAACCUGCAUAAUCAAUGCAUUCCCGACGAUGCAUGAAGAUCAAAUGAAGCAUAUUUAGUUUUUGAAGGAACCCGUUUUCAUUUGGGUUUUGCACUGUUCGUAUGAGAGUGAGAUGAUGUAAUAAUGACUCUGUCUGUAUUGUUGGUGUUUAACCCUUUAAAACUUCCUCUAGAUGACACUAGAUCACACAAACCAGCACUCCUGAAGGAGCUCUGCCCACUUUCAUCUGGUUUUAACCCUUUUCUAGCCUUGCCUUGAAGUGAAGCCUUAUACUGUAUAUUGAACUUGUUCUUAUUAUGUAUCGAUAUAUUUAUUGCAUCUGUGAUACUUAACACUAAAAUCAGCAGGUUAUGGGUUGUUUAUAUGCUAGAGAAGGAAACUCUGGUGUGUACAGUAUAUGGGUUUGGUUUUCUCUUUUAUCAUUUUGAAGAUUCUACUGACAUUCCGUGUUUUUAUGUGUUUUGGUUUUUUUGGUGGUAAAAAUGAUUUUACAAUGUGCUGCUUUU